CCUCGCGGGGUGGGCAGCGGCGAGGCUGAACUCCCGGGAUGUCUGUGGAUCCCCGGGAAGAUUUUAGGUCGUUGGGAAGGUUUUAGCCUUACGGGGAACUGGUGGGACCGGGAGCCGUACAGGACGUCCUUUCGCAGCGGAGGACCCCGAGGCCCGGAGGGGCUAGGUGACUUGUACAGGUCCUGGACUACACCCACUCAGCCCCCACCCCGGUCUUCGUAAUUCCUGCUGCCUUGACUGCUCCGGGCAUUGUCUUACAAAAUGGUAGAGGAUGAGCUGGCACUGUUAGAUAAAAACAUAAAUGAAUUUUGGAAUAAAUUCAAAAGCAAUGUCAAUGACACCUCCUGUCAGAUGGUGGGACUAAGAGACACUUACAAGGACACCAGUAAAGCAUUUGCAGAAAAGCUGUCUGUGAAAUUAAAGGAAGAAGAGCGAAUGAUUCAGAUGUAUCUAGAAUAUAAAAAUCAGAUCUGCAGGCAGAAUAAGCUUAUUCAAGAAAAAAAAGAUAACUUGUUAAAGUUGACUGGUGAAGUAAAUGGCAAAAAACAAGAUUUGGAAGUGCUGACUGCAAACAUCCAGGAUCUUAAGGAAGAAUAUGCUAGGAAGAAGAAAACUAUUUCCACUGCUAAAGAAGCUAGUGAAGAGAGGUUACAAAGGUUACAGAAAUCUGUAGAUGUGUUUAAAGAUCGACUUGGACUAGAAAUUCGAAAAAUUUAUGGUGAUAAAUUGCAGUUUAUAUUCACGAAUAUUGACCCUAAGCAUCCUGAUAGCCCAUUUAUGUUUUGCCUGCACCUGAAUGAAGCAAGGGACUAUGAAGUGUCAGAUAGUGCUCCUCAUCUUGAAUGCCUAGCAGAAUUUCAAGAGAAUUUAAGGAAGACCAAAAAUUUUUCAGCCUUUCUUGCCAAUGUUCGGAAAGCUUUUAGUACUGUGGUGUGUAAUUAAGGUAUAAAUAGUAUAUAAAAACUUUAUUUUUCUUCCUUAUUGUGUAUCUCUUUUAAAAAGAAUUCUCACUAUCCAUAGUUUGCCUAUAAUCCUUUUGGAUUUUUUUAAACAUUUCUCUGUGGUGUAUUUCUUUAAGGUAUUUUAAUUAAAAUCGUGGAAAUAAAA